GAAGGGAGGACUUUGUGACAAUUGAGUAGAUUAUAUAACAAUCGGUGAAAUCCUUCAUCCGUAUCAGGAAGGUAAACUCUGGUGCACUGAUCGCUACAGUCAGGGAUGCUUCCAUCAUCCAUCGCCGACUCCGCACCGGCAAACUGCUCCGAUGCGCUUAUCGGCCACGGCAUUGUCGCCCGACUUCCCUCAACUCUCGUCGUUGGAUCAUCACUAAACCAUUGAGACUUGAUACCUUCACUCUGCUCUUCGCCUCUACAGUGUGACCCAACUCACUCCCGAUCCAGUCGCCGGCAUGACCCUCCGUAAAGCUCCCGCUCUCACCGGCCCCGCCAUGGAGCUUCCCCGACGCACUUCCCCGAGGCAGUGGAUGGCUGACUCCGAGGAUGCGAUCCCGGAGAAGCUCAUCAAGCCAUGGAAGCUCCCUCAGCAAAACACUUACAUUUUUAACAACGCAAACGUCGUGGACACCGCCAAAGGUCGCGUCAUCAAGAACACGUCUGUCAAGAUUUCCAAUGGCUUGAUUGAAAGCGUCGGUGGAAGCCCGGCCGAUAGCACAGGCAAUGAUGCCAUUGUAGUCGAUCUCCAGGGUAAAUACCUCUCUCCGGGUCUCAUCGACUGCCACGUCCACGUCAGCUCCGUACCCGGCGAGGCCGGCCUCAACGGCGGCUUUGACAUGGACGCCACCGUCUCUCACCUGCGGCAAUCGUUCGUCUGCGGUCGCAUCCUCAGCAAGGGCUUCACCACGGUCCGCGAUACCGGCGGCGCGACUCUCGCGCUAAAGGAGGCAAUCCAGGACGGCGUCUUUCCCGGGCCCCGCUUGUUCAUCGCCAACCAGGCUCUCUCGCAGACGGGAGGCCACGGCGAUCGCAGAGGUGCUCACGAUCACUCGGGGCUCUGCUGCGGAGGCACGUCGGGUCUCUCCAACGUCGUGGACGGCGUGCCGGAGUGUAUCAGGGCGACGAGGGAGCAGCUGAGGACGGGGGCCGACUUUAUCAAGAUCAUGGUCGGCGGCGGCGUCGCGUCGCCGACAGACAGGAUCGAGAAUACGCAGUUUACGGCGGACGAGAUCAAGGCCAUCAGCGAGGUCGCGCGGAGCUACGGGACUUGGGUUACGGCUCACGCAUAUACCCCGCGGGCGAUCCGCCACGCGGUCGAGAACGGCGUCACGGGCAUCGAGCACGGCAACUUCAUCGACAAGAAGACGGCAGAGUUCAUGGCCGAGAACGACGUGUGGCUGACGCCUACGCUGGUCACGUACGACGCCAUGGCAUCCGAUAAAUACAAGGGAUUCUUGCCCCCCGCGAACCAGCAGAAGAAUCAGGAGGUCUUGAAAAGGGGCCUCGAGUCGUUGAAGAUUGCCGCCGCAGCGGGCGUCACCAUCUGCCACGGAUCAGAUCUGCUCGGCCCCCUUCAGGCUGAGCAGAGCAGGGAGUUUGGCAUCCGCCAGCAGGCUCUCAGCAACAUGCACGUACUUCAAUCUGCUACAGUCAACGCCGCCAGGAUGCUCCGACAGCAGGAUGUGCUGGGGCAGGUGAAGGAGAAGUUCGUGGCGGACUUGCUGAUUCUCAAUGGUAACCCAUUGGACGACGUCUCGAUACUGGAUGAACCGGAGAAGAACGUCUUGGCUGUGAUUAAAGAUGGCCGGGUCUACACGAGCCGAUGGAGCAAGCUCCCAGAAGAUGUGACGGAGCCGUCUCGAUUGAUUGAGUGAGCAGUAUGCGGGGAUAGGGAACAUGUUAAUAUGUGACGGGAGAAUCGGAGCCAGGGAACGAGCUGGACUUUUGCUUGUGGAAGCGGCGGACCAAGCAAUGA